AUGGAAGCAAUAAUCAGGUUCAUUCAGAUUGAGGACGAUCAAGUUCGCGUCUCAGUUAGCCCCACGGACGAACAAGUUUUGUCUCCUGAUCCAGAUGCAGAUUCUGGGAAUGGUUCAAGUAGUUAUGAUGAAUCUCAUAGUUUGAAAUUGAGACAAGGGAGACGUAAAAGUUCAACCAAGAUCAGAAGACUUAACUGGCAGUCUGCUGUACCUCAAUUGAUUCCGGGGCCUCAGCAAUGCCCUGAUGCAAUUGAUUCCUAUAAGGAGUAUUUGUCUGGAAAAGGUACUGCUCCAAAAGGUACUGCUCCUAAUGGGCUCUCAUUAGAUGUUAGCAAACAUCUACUGAAAUGCUAUAUUUCCCCCAAUGGGAAAACUUUUCAUUCACUUCCUGAGGUUUUCAAGAAGUUCCACAGUGACUUUGAGUUGGAACCCACAUCGCACGUUACUAUGCACCCAAACUACAAAAUUGCAAGCUACAUGAGUUCAUAUGAAGAAACACCCUCACCUCCUGGGAAAUCCCAAGCUUCCAGAAACUUGUUCAAAUUGCCGUGCAUUACUGAUGAGAAGUUUGAAAUAGAAUCUAAAUAUUGUCCCAAAGCAGUGCGGGAUUAUUGCUCAUUAGCUUCAAAGUCUGCAGAAGGCAAAUUGAAAGGCAUGGAAGCAAGGAAACACUUGUCUGCACUUGGAUGGUCUUUUUAUCACCACAAUAAAGGACCAUACGGCUGGGAAAUACGUUAUAGGUCACCUACUGGAAAAAUGUUUUACUCUCUUCUUUCAGCCUGUAGAUGGUGUGUAAAAGCUGGUGCACUUACUUCCACUGACCCCUCUCGUGCCAUGGGAAGAGUCAUAAAUAGAGAUUUCAUCAACAAUUAUGAUGGCGAUUUAUCGACAAGUAAAUCACAUCUUCCGCGAAUGGCGGAUGAUUCCACUGUAAGUACGCAGUUAAAUGACAUGCCAAUGUCUGAGGGAAUGUCGAGGAAGAAGAGGAGAAAGCUCGAAUCAGAUUGUCUUGAAGUUUCACUUGCAUCACCCAAGAGAGGAAGGAAAUCUAAUGCAUCAAUGAGUCUGAGAGGAGAUUUAAAUGCUGAUUCUUUAACCCCAGUGAGGCAAUCUAGUAAAAGGUUGCUGCGGGGGAAUUUUCACACUUGUAACUUUGAAGCACAUGUUGGCAGUUCUGAUCGUAGACCUUCCGCAAAUAUAUAUUUGGAGGAUGGUAUGUCUUUGCUUGAGUGCCAGUUGCAACUGAAACUACGUUAUAUCAGUCGAAAUUCAAGGUUAGAACGUCAACCGAAGGCUGCCCAACAUCAUAGAAAAAGUGACGACAUAUGUUCUGUCUGUCACUACGGAGGUGAUUUACUUUUGUGUGACCUGUGUCCAUCCUCGUUUCAUACUCAGUGCGUUGGUUUAAAGGAGGUUCCGGAGGGUGAUUGGUUCUGCCCGUCCUGCUGUUGUCAGAUUUGCAACAAGAGCAGAUCUGAUUCAGGAAAUAAACUAGCCAAAGACACUUCGUUUUUGACCUGUUGUCAGUGUGAGCGACGAUAUCACGCUGAAUGCCUCACAAAUGAAGGAGAUACACAAUGUCGUUCAAAAGGUGACUUGUUCUGCCAAGAUACAUGUCGACAGAUAUUUGAUGGUCUGAACGGGAUUCUGGGGAAAAAGAUUCCUGUGGGAACUGAAAAUAUGACUUGGACUUUAGUGAAGUACAUGGAAUCAAAUAUUUCUAAGAAUGUUGCAACAUAUGAUGAUGAGAGUUCGGUGGAGAAUUACAGCAAGCUUAAUUGCCCUCAGCGUGAUGCAUGA